UUGGACCAUCACAAUCCAUUUUCUCGGUUCUGCAAAACACCGUUUACGACACGCAACGGUUUUGAGUUUUGAGUUUUGAGUCGUAGUCGGCGGCAUAUGCAGACAAACAAAUUCUCGGGUUUAGGGUUCAGCUCCUCUACAGAUUAAAAUAAAUCUCCCGCUACAAAAUGCAGCAGCCGCCCCCUCCGGCGUCGAAGCUCUCCCCCAAUGCCAUCACCACCGAGCAGAUUCAAAAGUGCCUUGAGGACAACAAGAACCUGAUCAUGGCUAUAAUGGAAAAUCAAAACCUUGGAAAGUUCCAGGAAUGUGCUCAGUAUCAAGCAGUACUCCAAAAGAACUUAAUGUACUUAGCUGCCAUUGCUGAUACUCACCCACCUCCACCAACACCAACGCCAACACCACAAAUACCAAAUCAUUCUCAGGGGAAUCCAAGCUUGCCACCAGGUUUCAUGCCUCAGCAGCCUAAUAAUUUAAUGCAGCAACCUCAACCCGUAGCUCCUCCUCAGCUUCCUAUUGGUGGUGGUGGUGGUGGUCAGAAACUGCCAUUUCAGUUGAAUUCACUUCGGACCCCAGAGCAGCAACAACAAUUGUUACAGUUUCAGCAACAGCAGCAGCAGCAGCUUCAGGCACAGAUGGGUCUGAGGCCUGGUGGUGGUGGUCAGGGUGGUUUGUUUGGGAUGCAUCAAGUUAUGAACCAUGGUGGUGGUGGUGGUGAUUUGAUAAAUGGACAAGGAAGCAAGCAAGAUGGAUCUGAAGGUUGACUUUUAAGGCCGGACGGAGUGGACUGCGGAGAAACCGCGGGAUCGGUUCCUGCACUUAAGCACACCGCACCGUGGGUGCGGGAAAGGAACGGCGGGAAGAGGCUGGGGAGAGAGUCCCGCUCUCUCUCUCUCUUCUAACCAUUGGGUG